CCGAGUCACAAAGCGUGGUGCACCUUCAAUGCUAGCUGUUUUGGAAUUUUCGUGACAUUACUGUAGCUUCCCGUUUCUGGCCAGCAAAGAUGCUGCUGAAAGAUCUCCCCAGAGAGGCCCUGAUGCGGCCCUUGUCCAGGAAUGAAGUGGUGGGCAUGUUGCUUAGGUUGACCAUCUUUGGUGCAGCGACCUACUACAGCAUCAAAUGGGUUUUAGAAGCGAUGGACCCUACCUCCAAACAGAAAAACCAAGCCAAGAAAAGGGCUGAACAGCUGAUGAAGAGGAUUGGUGUUGAGGGGGUCAAGCUAACAGAGUAUGAGAUGAACAUUGCAUCUCAGCUAGUUGAUCCGCAAACUAUGAAGGUGUCCUGGAGAGAUAUAGCCGGUCUGGAUGAAGUUAUAAAUGAGCUGCAAGACACGGUCAUCCUACCCUUUCAGAAAAGACACCUUUUGACUGGAUCCAAACUCUUUCAGCCUCCCAAAGGUGUUUUAUUGUUUGGUCCUCCGGGAUGUGGGAAGACAAUGAUCGCUAAGGCAACAGCCAAAGCCUCGGGCUGCAAGUUUAUCAACCUUCAGGCCUCCACGCUGACAGACAUGUGGUACGGUGAAUCACAGAAGCUAACUGCUGCCGUCUUCUCAUUGGCUGUCAAACUUCAACCCUGCAUCGUCUUCAUCGAUGAGAUUGAGUCAUUUCUGAGGAACCGCUCCAGUCUGGACCAUGAGGCCACAGCCAUGAUGAAGGCCCAGUUCAUGAGCCUGUGGGACGGCCUGGAUACUUCCUCAACCACACAGGUGAUGGUGAUGGGAGCAACUAACAGGCCGCAGGAUGUGGAUCCAGCCAUUCUGCGCAGGAUGCCCACCACUUUUCAUGUUGGCCUGCCAAGCACAAGACAAAGACAGGACAUCUUAAGGCUGAUUUUAGCUGGAGAAAACCUGAGCAAUGCCAUUAAUCUGAAGGAGAUUGCUGAGAAGACAGAGGGUUACUCUGGCAGUGACCUCCGGGAGCUUUGCCGUGAUGCUGCCAUGUACCGAGUCCGGGACUACGUCCGCAAGGAGCAGAUGAGGCAGAUCGCUCAGCAGCUACAGGACUGCCAGGAGGAGGAAAAACCUGUGGACGAGGAGCGGUUGCGGCCGGUCACCCAGCUGGACCUCCUCUUCGGCCUGGACAAGAUGAAGGAAUCUAAGCAGGCCACAGCCUUCAUGUUACCCACUGUGUUGGAGGUUCCCCUGGACUAACCCCCAACACAGCACCACCGAAGGGAAAUGUUUUCUUCUCGCCAUGCAUUGUUUGCAGCGUGCUCCAACUCCUCAAGCAGAGGCUCCUCCUACACGUCAGAGGUGCAGCUGGGAAAGCCAACAAGCAGUUUGACUUUUUUUUUAAAGUGUAUUAGUCCAGGCAAGGGUUGUUCUGAGCAUGCUUAUUUUCAGCACAACCCUGCUACAUGUGUACAGUUAUAAUACAUUCAGAAAUCUAAUAUCUCCUGCAAGCCACUGACCGGCUCUAGUGGAGAGAUUUAGAGUUCAUGUCUUGCUCAAGGGUGACUUAAAAGUUUGUUAGCAUGAGGAGAAAGCAUUUUUCAUAAACUGUAUGGAUCUGUCUGUUAGGUUAGUGCUAGUAAUACUACAAACUACUCUACUACACCACUAUAAGAUCCAUAUACCGUCCUACCACGGACAUACACAUAAUUGAGACCAGCAGGGAUGAAGCAGGAUGAUGACUCAUGAUUCAAAGAGUUAUUCAAAGUCUAGACUCCAUCCAGUAAUCCUUUUAAUCAAAUAUAUUUCUUUUUUGGGAAAAUACAUGUUUGAAUAACAAAGACUUUAAAGUGGUAUCAGCUGAGAUCAGUACAUACACUAUACACUAUAUUCUCUGUAAAUGUUAUGUGAUAGCAAAUUACUUAUUCAUUUAUUUCACUAAUAUCACUUUUUUAAAUAACAAGGGAAAGAAAUUUAUUUUCAAUUUUCGGGAAUAUCAGUAUCCAGGUGAAGUAUUUAUUGUAUGCCUUUUUAAAUGUCAGUUUUAAGUUGAAUUAUUGAGAAACAACCUCCAUCUCCUACCCCUAACCCACUUAGAUCAAAGUCUUUUUAAAAAGCUGAAAGGAACAUUGGAUGUCACCACUAUUUUCUUUCCAUGAUUAUUCACAUAGUUGAUCAACAACAUGUGUGUUUGUUUGAUUGCAUAUCUGCUUUAUGCAUUUAGCCAGCGUGGGGUUGUAACAGAAUAACUGUAGUAAUGUGAUACUCAGCGAGUUACUGCUCCCAAGGAGUACAAAUGUAUGUAUAUAUAAAUAUUUCUUUUGAAAUUAUGGCAACAUGUAACAGGUAAAUGUAUGUUUGUAGUAAUGAAGUGAGCACUGCUGUAGCUGCACAAUAUGUAUGUGACAAUGAUGAGGAAGAGCAGGGCAAACUCACUGGAAAUAGUUUGAGACCCGAUGGCACAGGUUCAAACUUCAUCACUUUUUAGGACUUCAGAUUAUUUCAAUUACUGAUAAAAACCACAGUGUAAGCUUUAAUUGGGACGUUCCUAAAGCAAGGCACCCCUUUCCGGAGCUGUCAGUUAAUACGUAUAGGCAGAUAACAGAACAAACACUCAAGUGUCAAGUAGAGAUGGGAUCAUUAUUGAAGCCCUGUAAUAGGAACUACAGCUUUAAUGGUCACAGCCAGGGGCAGCAAUAAAAGACACCCUUAUAACCCAUUAUCUCAAUAAUCAUGAUCCUUCUGCUCAAUGGCUGUAAAACUGUACUUACUUGUUGUAUCACUGGUUGUAUCAUAGGAAUUGUGCUGUGUGCAUGUCUGUAAAUGUGGAAGCACAACGCUGGGUUUGAGUUGAGGCCAAGACCUGAAGAUGGUCUUCAUUUAAUGCUACUUUGUAACGCAAAGUCUUUUUGCACUUUUGCACCCAAAACAACAAUAGCUGUUACUUCUCAAUGUUUAAACCUCCCCAGUGUUUUUCCACAAUUUGUUUUAGUGUCACAUUUAUUGUGUCAUUACCAUUAUUAGUGAGUCUCUAUUGUUUUACUUUGAACGUUUUUAUAAUGAUCUUUUCAUGCCAUUUUCUGAGAAUCGAUCAACGACUGACAGCAGCGUCUGUCGCUGCAACACACAUCGUUUCUGUGUCAGUUCACUUUUAUUCUCACUUUAGGGAGAGCAUGGCUUUAAAAUUCUAACCCUUUCAAUCAGCUGUCAGUCUGAAGUUGUCAUUAUUUGCCACAUGGUCACAGCAUGUAUUCAUGGAUCUGUUCAGUAUCUGUCUCGUACAGACCUUUCUCCCACGCAGUAUGAGCAAGGCAGGGCAUAUCUUUCAUUGAACCAUGACCACGUGGUGGCACUGUAGCUUCUUACUGAGGCGUGCUGAGAUAUGGACUGCUCACAUGUAGAUCAGUUUUAUGGCAUUAUGGUGAGACAAUGAAAUAGAGAACCCUGCUAACUGGAUUGUUCCUGCCCUAUUGGUUUUUUCAUUGUUGCUCUUCAUUAGAGUACCUCAGGUGACAGUUAAAGGUCAAAAUGUUGCCAUGUAAACCAAUAAUUGUGUCACUGCAGCUCACCGGUCUUAGUAUCCUUUCUUGGACAAAGGUAACGACUGUGUAAAUGCAACAGGACUCAUUCAUCUGUAAUGUGGCAAGAGACUUAUUCUAUGGAUCCAGAGUGUCCAUAUGCAGUUACUGUUAAUGAUACCUUUAACUACGUGUACGUGCUGAAUAUAUGUUACCUAUGUACUGUAAAGUAUAUUUAUUAAAUGCCACUGAAGAAAAUA